AUGCCAGAUUUUAACACGAUACUUUUGCCGCGCAACCCCCGAAUUGCGCCGGCAAAAGUCACCUCUACCAGCGUGAAUUUGCGCCCGCAAAAGCUGCUGCCUGUGCUUGAUAGUGACAAUAUUUCUAGGGCUUCGUCUUCUCAACCUCCAGCUUCAACUCAUCCUUCUAUGUACGGGGCAGUGCUGUCUCAACAUAUGGUACCUCCAUAUAUGUACAGAGCAACACCUUAUCCGUGGCCGAUUCCACCGUCCUCCCAGCCGUCGUAUCCCUAUAUGUAUGGAGCUGGAUCGUCUACAUUACCUCCCCAAUAUCCUUGGCCGAUGCCGCCACCGCAGCAAUCACAACCACAGCCAUCGCAACAACCACAACAAGAAGACAAUAGGAAGGAGGACGAGGCAGCUGAUUUAGGAGACUAG